UCCAGUGGUUCCCAACCUAGGGGUGGGGCCCCCCCAAAGGGUCAGCAGAUAAAUGUGAGGGGUUCUGAUACACAAAUGUGUUUUCAGUUUUUAGACUUUUUCUCUAAUCAAUAAUUGAACUGAAUGAUUUGAACCACACAGAAAGUCAUUAUAUGAAAUCAGAUCAAAUCCCCCACCCCCCCCCCCCCCCCCACCUCUGUGAAAGCGCCAAUCAGUGCGGUUGCUAUGGAAACAGGGCGGUACAGCGGCGGAGGAGAGCAGCAGCUCCUCACAAACAGAAACACAUCUGAUCCUCAAACAGGAAGAAAGAAGCAAGCAGCGGCUCAGCGUGGACAGAAGAGCUCAAACAGCUGCAGGAAGUAGAAAUGGAGACGCAGGUCGGAGGUGAAGACAUCCGGCAAGCAGAGAAAGUCUGUUUGAAGAGAAAGCUGACGGGUCCUCCGAGGCUGCUGCUGCUGGGAAAGACCAGGACCAGGAGUGUCAGGGAGGACCGGUCCGAGGUCCGGGACAAACCGGACGGAUUCUCACUGAAAUCCUCCGCUGCUGCUGCUGCUGAGAGCGAUGCUGCCGACGUGGAGGAAGAAGCUUCACCUGUGUGUGAUGUCACAGGCGAGAGCGCUGACGUCACCGACAGGAAGCUGAAGAGACGCAGGUGGUGGAGACUGUUGCUUUGUUUCAGGACGAAAAGUUCAAAAAAGCAGCGCAGUGACGAGUUUCCUCCAGCAGAGGGGGCGCUGCAGGAGGCCGAGGCCGUCGACACGGAAGAGAAGAAGACAACGUUCAAAAGGUUCCUGACGUCUGCCAAUGCUCGACGAGCUGCUGAGCAGAGAGACGAGAAACCUUCAGCAACGCUCAGGAAGAAACUGAGACUGUUUCUGAGCCGAUCGUCUCCGACGAACGAGGACGUUGCCGCGGGAGACGAACCCGCCGGCCUCGAGACUGCUACGACUGAUCCGGGUCAGGAGGUCGUGACUAGCAUCGCAGAGAUUAACGUCCAGCCGUCUGAAGACACGACGAGUCCAGACGAGCCGCUGACAGAAGAGAGACGCGUCAGUGUUGCCGCAGCGACGGACCAAUCAGAGAUCGUCCAAACUGACCCGGCGAACGCUAACGAGCUUCCUGUUGAUUUAAACGAGGUUGACGAGGUUUCCUGCGACGCCGCUGAACUCGAGUCAGACGAGGAGGCUCAGCCAAUGAACAACGGACCCGCCGUCAUCCUAAACAGCAGCAUCCGCAUCCAGCUGGUUCCUCCUGAUGACAUCACAGAGCAAGAGGAGGAAGAGGAGUUUUGGGAGGGGAACCAGAACCACCUGCUCCUCCUCUUCGGCUUCCACCACAGCGAGCUGCAGCUGCUGCAGGCGGCUCGCUCUGUGGUCCGAGCCGCCAUGAACGCCGCCGUGGAUCAGCUGAGCAGAGAACAGCUCAGAGAGCCGCUGGGCUGCCGAGACGCCUGAAGGUCCAGAGACUCAACGAGACUCAAUGAGACUCUACGAAAAGUGUUUACUACGUCUCUGGUUUGAUUCCUGCAGAGACCUUUAAUGCAGGUUACUCCUCUCUCUCUCUCUCUCUCUCUCUCUCUC